AUUCAUCCUCUCAAUUAUCUGAGAGGACCUACUAUUUUAUCCCUCCUAUUUUGUACAGUAUCCAUCUUGUCUAUAUCUGCUGUUUUGUUUUAAUUUUUUUUUUUUUACCUUACCCGCCUCCGAAACCCGAAACCCAACUGAUAGAGAUUUACGACGUUACGAAUAACUCACGAAUCAAUCUCGACUCAAUUAUCUACCAUGGCCGCUAAAAAAGAAAACGUCACCAUUGCCCUCCAUCGCUCCUCCGAUUCCAUUCCUCUUUUCCUCUCUGGUACCUUUACCAACCCGCAAUGGCAGCCCGUCAAGUUGACCGUCAAGCGGCCCCCACAAAGCGAGGACUGGAUUUACUCGCGCAAGAUGAAGCUGUCCCCGGGCCAGUAUCAGUAUCGGUUCUGUGAGGGGGAGGGGGACGAUGCUGUUUGGUUCCAUGAUGAGGGUGCGAAGCAGGUAUCCGGUGACAAUGGCAUUGUGAACGUGCUGAAUGUCGGGGAUCUGACUGCUGAAGAAGAUGAAAAAUCGGUUUCCGAACCCGAGGUCCAAACAAACGGCUCCAACGGUACCAACGGCACAGAGGUAGAACCAGUGGAAGAAACAAAAACGGUAGAGAGUAGACAUUCUGAGGAAGCUUCCCACGUUCCGGAGGUUCCGGCCGAAGAGGUACCAACAACAAACGGUACAAACGGUGUUCACGCGGAAGAGGCCGCUUCGGAAGAGCCUGCCACGGCAACCGCCGAGCCUACUACUAAUGGAACGGAAGCACCGGCUGCUGAGGAACCGGUCGAGGAACUCGCUGCUGAACCGGUCGAAGAGCCUACUACCAACGGGACGACGGAAGCUUCUACUGCUGAGGAACCCGCUGCUGAACCAGUCCACGAAGAGCCUUCUACCAACGGGACGGCCGAAGCUCCGGCUGCUGAAGAGCCAGCUGAGAAGGCUGUUGCUGAGGAAGAGAAGCCUGCUACGGAGGCACCCGCUGCAGAGCCGGUGACUGAGGAACCGGCACAGGAGCCCGUUGAGUCGGCUGCACCUGUCGAAGCUCCCACCACCGAAGAGACCGCCGCAGUUGAGGAACCUGCGGAACCCGUUACAGAGACCCCUGCCGCGGAGGAGCCAGCAGAGACCCCGGCUGUCGCUGAGGCCACGGAGGCUGUUGCUGAGCCUGAGACUGCUCAGGAGCCGGCUGUCACUGAGGUUGAGGAGCCCGCGAAGGAGGCUGAUGAGGUCAAGGUGGAAACCGUCGAGGAACCAUCCACGGAGACCAAGGAAGAGCCUUCGGAAGUGCCUGCUACUGAGGAGCCCGUGAAGGAAGCUCCUGUCGAAGAGACUCCCGCUGAAGAGCCCGCUGCCGACGAACCCGCUACUGAGGUAGAGGCCCCUGCUGAGACUGCACCUGCCGUUGAAGAGAACAAGGAGGAAGUUAAGGAGGAAGCCACUCCUGCUCCUGAAGAGAAGCCUGUUGCGGAGGAGCCUGUCGAGGCUGAGCCUACCAAGGAGGAAUCGACUGAGCCCGUUGUAGAGGCACCGGCCGCUGAAGAGCCUGUCCAGGCCGCCAUUGAGGAGCAGCCUGCCGCCGAAGAACCUGCUGAACCAAUUAAGGAGGAGCAUGUUGCUGAAGAACCCCCAGCCGAAGCUCCUGUCGAGGAGAAGCACGACGAGCCCGUUGCCGAGGUAGUGAAGGAGGAACUUGUUGCCGAAGCUCCUGUGGAAGACAAGAACGAGACUGUCCCUGAGGAGCCUGCUACGGGAGAACCCGCUGCUAAAGCCCCUGUCGAGGAAAAGCAGGAGACUGCUGAGCCUGUUGCUGAGCCUGUUGCUGAGCCUGUUGCUGAGCCUGUCGUUGAGCCUGUCACUGAGCCUGUCGUUGAGCCUGUCACUGAGCCUGUCGUUGAGCCUGUCACUGAGCCUGUCGCUGAGCCUGUUGCUGAGCCUGUCGUUGAGCCCGUCGCUGAGCCCGUCGCUGAGCCCGUCGCUGAGGUCACUGCUGAGGAGAAGCAGGAAACUGCUGAUGAGCCCGCCGCCGAAGCCCCUGUGGAAGAGAAGCAGGAGCCGGUCGUUGAGCCUGCUGUUGAGGCAGUGAAGGAAGAGCCCGUCACUGAAGCCGCAGAGACCCCUGCCCCCGAGGCGCCUGUCGAGGAGACCCCCGAACCGACUGCGGAGGAGCCCGCAACGGAAGCCGCGGCUGUCGAAGCUGUUGCUGCGGAAGAGACUCCCGCCGAAAAGGUCGAGGCUGCUGUGGAACCCGUUGCUGAGACCCCCGCCGUUGACGCCGUGACGGAAGAGCCUGAGGCCGCUCCUGAAGUUGUUGAGAAGACUGUGGAGGAGCCUACCAAGGAGCCCGAGACCGUCCAGGAACCUGCUAUUGAGGAGACUUCGACUGAAGAGCCCGCGCCUGCUAAAGAAUCCGUUAAGGAGCCUGCCGUCGAGGAGCCCGUUGCAGAGGAACCUGCUGCUGAGGAGCCCAAGGAGACUGUUGCGGAACCUGCUGUCGAAGAACCAGCCGUCGAAGCGCCCGCUGCCGAAACGACCACUGAAGCUCCUGUCGUCGAGGAACCCGCUGCGGAGACUACUACUGAGGAAGCUCCUAAGGAGGAAGCCCCGGCCCCCGCCGCUGAGACCGUCGAAGAAGCCGUCCCUGAGCCUGCUGCUGAGAAGCAGGAGCCUGAAGAGCCUGUCGAGGUCCCUGUUGAGGCCCCUGUUGAGACAACAGUUGAGGCCCCCGUGGAGCCGACUACCGAACCGGAGCAGCCGAUCGCUGAGGAGAAACCCGCUGAGGAGCCUGAGCAGAAGGUCGAGCCUGCUGUGGAAUCUGCGCUCGCAGAGCCAGCAACUGUGGAGCCAGUCGCAGAGAAGGUCGUCGAAGAGUCCGCCAAGGAGGAACCCGUUGCUGAGCCGGUUGUGGAGCAGGUCGUCGAAGAGCCCGCUAAAGAAGAGCCUGUUGCUGAGCCUGCGACUGGGACUGCGGAACCUGUUGUCGACGCACCGGCCCCCGAAGAACCAGUUGCGGAGUCCGCACCAGCUGAGGCCCCUGCUGUCGAGGCUGUGAAGACCGAAGAGACUGUUCCAGAACCUGAGCCAGUGGUUGAGGCGACACCAGAGACCGUCUCGAAGGACUCUCUGCAGGAGCCAAAUGGCCACCCUGUCGAGCAGCGCGAAACCGUCCCUGAAGCCCAGGAGGCUGGUUCCUCGGAACCUGCCCAGGAGAGUACUCCGGCUGAAGAGGACGCUAACAAGGACAGCAGCAUCCUGACCCCCGAGACUCUUGGUAUUGGUGCUGCCGCUGCAGCCACCGCCGGUGCUGCUAUUGCCGCUGGUGUGGCCGUGGCGCACAAGGAGUCCGAAGCCGCUGCCCCCGAGACUAAGGACAGUGAGCCCAAGCCCGCAGACACUAAGCAGGACGCUCCCGCAGCACAAGAGCCUGAGCCAAGUGCUCGUGCCACAGAACCGGAACCGUCGUCGAAGCCCGAAGUCGAAGCACCCGCCGAGUCAACAACCGAGUCUACAACCACCGAAGCAGCCGACAAGGCUGGUGAUGUUUCUACUGGGAAUACAAAUCGGUCAGUGACUUCUGCUAGAGCAGUUUCCUUGAACCAUGGCGACAGCUGGUUGAAAUCCAUUGUCCGAUCCGUGUUUUCCAACCUGUUUGGUGCUCUAUUCUCGCCUUUCCGCGGCAGUGGAAAGGCCGAGCAAUAGAUAAUUUUGUCUCGUUGUUUUGUUGUUUCGUCGUUUCGUUUGCGUUUUUGUUUUAAUUCGCAACUGACGUGAUUCAGGAAACUGCUCUUGAUGACCGUUCUUGGUGCUCCUUUGCUAGCCAUGGGCUUAGGCCUGAGCUGGCGUGCUUAUACCCGAAAAGCUUGAUUUGCCAGAAAACUAUAAAAAGAAAA